AUGUGUUUUGGCAGCAGGCGAUGUGCUGGUGCAUCCAGGUGUUGGCAGAAACGGCGGUACAGCGUCGUGAGGCCGGGGGUCGCGAGUGAUGUUCGGGAUAUUUUCGCUGGGCCCCAUGUCAAAGAAGUAGCCUCAGGAACGAUCGCUCAAAGCUUUUUCGUUUUAAUCCCAUCCCCUGAUUCUCGUGUUGUCCCACUAACUCUCUCAUUUAUCGCGUCUGCAGGGCAAUUCUCCUCUAUAUUUCCAACUCCGCGAUUUGGUGUAGGGUACAAUUGA